AGCAGCGUUGUUUAACGGAAAGCUUCUGGUCGAGAAAAGUGGAGCGAAUGAUUGAGCUGAAAAAGUCCCAUCAGCUAAAGUAGCUCCAACGAUCCGUACGGAGGCUCCAAUAAAAGGUACGGAGGCUCCUACGAUAUGUACGGAGGCUCCAACGAUACGCACGGAGGCUCCUACGAUAUGUACGGAGGCUCCAACGAUACGCACGGAGGCUCCUACAAUACGUACGGAGGCUCCAACGAUACGCACGGAGGCUCCUACGAUACGUACGGAGGCUCCAACAAAAGGUACGGAGGCUCCAACGAUAUGCACGGAGGCUCCAACGAUACAUACGGAAACUCCGACGAUCUGUACAGAGGCUCCAACGAUAGAUACGGAGGCUCCAACGAUUCGCACGGAGGCUCCAACGAUAUGUAUGGAAGCUCCAACGAUCCGUACGAAGGCUCCAACGAUCUGUACGGAGGCUCCAACGAUCUGUACGGAGGCUCCAACGAACCGUACGGAGGCUCCAACGAUCUGUACGGAGGCUCCAACGAUGCGUAUGAAGGUUUCAACAAUCCGUACGGAGACUCAACGCAGUAUGGAGGCAUAUUUGUGCCACAAUUCUGCGACAUUUAA